UUCAUUAAAAGAGUUAAUAGAGAGAAAGAGACACAUAUUCUUUACAUUAUUCCAAAACUUCCAAAAGUUUUUAUUUCGAUUCAAAAAAUGGCCAUGCAUCGUGAAUCUUGGGCUUUUGUCUUUGGCCUUCUAGGCAACAUCAUUUCCUUUGCAGUGUUCCUUUCACCAUUACCAACUUUUUACACAAUCUUCAAGAAGAAAUCUGCUGAAGGAUUUCAAUCACUUCCUUAUAUUGUUGCACUUUUCAGUGCAAUGCUUUGGAUUUACUAUGCAUUUGUCAAAAGAGAAUCUGUUCUUCUUCUAAUCACCAUCAACACUUUUGGAAUUGUUAUUGAAUCAUUUUACCUUAUAAUCUUCCUUAUAUAUGCCCCAAAGAAAUCUAGGCUUUCUACCAUAAAACUACUUCUCUUGCUGAAUGUGUUUGGAUUUGGAGCCAUGCUUCUAUCAACUCUUUAUUUCUCAAAGGGUGCAAAACGUCUUGCGAUCAUUGGAUGGAUUUCUCUUGUUUUUAACAUAAGUGUUUUCGCCGCACCUCUCUUAGUCAUUAGCAAAGUCAUAAGGACGAGGAGCGUCGAAUAUAUGCCAUUUUUCUUGUCUUUAACUUUAACCAUCAAUGCUGUUAUGUGGUUCUUUUAUGGCCUUCUCCUCAAGGAUUACUAUGUUGCUCUACCAAAUACACUUGGAUUUUUGUUUGGCAUAAUUCAGAUGGUGAUAUAUUUGAUAUAUAGAAAUGCAACGCCAGUGAAGGCUCAAGAAUUGAGUGGUGGCCAUGUCAUUGAUGUUAUGAAGAUUGGAUCUGAACAAAAUUGUGCAUGUGGAGGUGCAGUUAGCAAAGUCUGAUUUUAACUAAAUGUGAAAGAAGAAAAAACAAGAGAUCAGAUCCAUGACCAAAAAAUAAAAAAAAAUUGAAGAAAAAACUCAACCUAAAGUUUUAGUUUCAUAUAAUAUUGUAAAAUGCAAGA